UAUAUACGGUGCAGUUGCGGUUGCUAUGAAUAAUUGUGUUUAGUACAGUGGAGAUAUAAUUCGUACAAAAUGAAAAGUCUUGUGCUUUGCACCUGUGUUUUAAUAAUUGCUUUUCAGUCAUCAAGCUCAUCAGAACUAAAAAACCGGCUUAAAAGUGCAGUUAAAUCACGCAUAGAAAAUGAUGUUGAAGCUUGCAUGACUGAAAAUGAUAUGACUAUAGAUGAUGCCUUCGACGAAGAAGACAUAAUGAAUAACUUACCUGCGAAACCUGAAAAUGCAGAGAGAACAAGAAAAAAUGGCUGCGUGAUUGCGUGUAUCUUAAAGAAACAGAACUUAAUGGAAGGAACAAACAUUAAUGAAGCUCAAGUUCGUGCAAAAAUAAAUGAAAUGGGAAAUUCCUGGGACGGUCCGGAACUAGCCAUGGCACACAAAGUUGCGCGUAAAUGCAUAAAAAAAGUGAAAAAUAUUACUCAAGAAUGUGAGAAAGGUUGGUCUCUGAACGUGUGCAUCGCAGAAGCUAUACAUAAAAUAGGGCAACAUGAUGAACAUGACUUAGACCAAGAUACAGAAGACGAAGCAGUAACAGAAGCAGUAACAGAACAAGCUGAAUAAAUACAAAUAAAUGCAAAAAUUGAAUAUUACUUGUAUAAUUAUUAAUACACAUUUAUAAUACGCACACAA